AUGGCCGAUGUCCCCCGAUCCCCCUCCAUGCUGAAGCAGCAGCGCACCCCGAGCAACAGCGGUGUCCCUCGCUCCACCAAGAAGAAGACCCCGCAGUCGAAGUGGGAAGAGGCACAGAAGGUGGACGAGGCCAAGGAGAGCAUCCAGGAAGACAACGAGAGCCAGGCAGAAGACAGCAACCUCGAGGCCGCCACGAACGACGGCCAGGAGGAGGAAGGCACAGAGGCGGAUGACGAGGAAGGCACCGAGGUUGUUCCAGCGGGCACCGUCAGCGAUGGUGUCGUCCUGGACCGGGACGGCAAUACCAUCGGACGUGUCAGAGGCGAGGCCUCAGAGCUCGAGGGUUCCAUGGUAGAUGAAGAGGGUGACAUUCUCGACGAGGAAGGCAAUGUCAUCGGCACAGCCGAGUUGACGAAGGCCUCGGCGCUGGGCACCGAGAAGCCAGACCUCACGGCCCCAUUCGGUGUCCAGGACAACGGGGAGAUCACCAAUGCGACGGGAGGCGUGGUCGGAAAGCUCUCGGAGGGCAAGCCGCAAGACCUCGUCGGGACGGCCAUCACAUCGAUCGAUGCCGAUGGAGUCAUGAAGGCAGAGACCGGAACCACCCUGGGCAAGGCAGAUCUCAAACCCGAUCUCCUGGACGAUAAUCCAAGCGAGGCCGAACUUUCAGAGAAGGCCGAUAGUGCGAUCGACGUGAAGGACCAUGAAGCGACCACGGCCGACCUCCCUGAAGAGGUCAAGUCCCAGAAGCCUCUCAGCAACCUUGGUUCGAAGGCAGCUCCAUCUAAAAUUGGAUCAAAAGGAACCGCAACCGUGAAAGCUCCCAGAGACGUCAAAGCUGGCGAAGAUGUCGAAGCUCCCGAAGGCGCCGAGGCUCCUGAAGGUGUAGAGGCUCCUGAAGGCGUCGAAGUUUCCAAGGACAUCGACUCGCCCGAAAACGUUGAAGUACCUAAAGCUUCUGAGAGCGCUGAAGUAGCCGAGGGCCUCGAAGCGAAGGCCGCAACAUCCGAAGUCGAAGACGGAUCCGAGGCAGUGAAAGACUUGGGCCCCAAGGAUUCGGCCUCUCAAGUCGCUAAGGGUACCGACGACGUGGUGCCCGGAGAAGUAGACUCGGCUUCGCAAGUCGCUGAAGAUUCCAAAGACUUGGGCCCCAAGGAUUCGGCCUCUCCAGUCGCUGAGGGUGCCAAGGACGUGGUACCUGGCGAAGUGGACUCGGCCUCAAAGGUCGCGGAGGGUACCAAAGACCUGGGACCUAAGGAUUCGGCCUCCCAAGUCGCUGAGGGUGCCGACGACGUGGUACCCGGAGAAGUAGACUCGGCUUCCAAGGUGGCUGAAGUUACGAAAGACUUGGACCCCGAAGAUUCUGCUUCUCAAGUCGCUAAGGGUGCCAAGGACGCGGUACCUGGAGAGGUAGCAUCGCCAGCCCCAGCUGACACUGAUGCCGUAAAAGACCUGGGUCCCGAAGAGGCAGACUCACAAGCCCCAGGUGUUGUUGACGCCGAGAAGGACGUGGACUCGAAGGACGCCCCCGAGGCCGAAGUCAGUCAGGACCCCGAACAGCUGAACGAGCUCGACCCCAAGCCUGUUGACGCGGCUGAAGUCGAGCAAGAGGCACCUGCUGGUGAAGAGGCUGAAACCGACCCAGAAACUCCAGAGCUGCCCGAUCUGUCCAUUCUCAAGGACAAGAAAGUCAACAAACUCGGAAAGAUCGUGGAUGAGAAAGGGAACCCCUUCGGACAGCUUGUUUCCGGCGACGCCAAGAAGCUCUUUGGCAAGAAGGUUGACGCCGAAGGCCAAAUCUGGGACGACCGGGGUAAGGUUAUCGGGAGGGCCGAGCUCUUGCCAGAAGAAGAGCGCCAGGUGGAGGAGUCCGCUCCCUUCGAGGACUUUCCCGACAGUGUUCUAGAUAAGGACGGCAAUGUCAUCUUUGAGGGCAAGAUCGUCGGGAAGUUGAUCGAGGGCGACGCUAGAAAGCUGGAAGGCAAGAAGAUCGAUGCCGAUGGAGAUGUGCUUGAUAAGAAUGGAAACACUCUUGGAAAGGCAGAGAGAUAUCAGGAAGAAGAUGUUGUGCCCGAGGAAGAGGUCCCGGAAGCGCCAGUUGAUCUCUCUCUCUUGGAAGGCAAGAAGGUCAACAAGGCUGGCUAUGUGGUCGACUACAACGGGAAGCUUUUCGGCAAGGUUGUCACGGGAGAGGUUGCCAAGCUAGUUGGUAAGAAGGUUGACGCCGAAGGCCAGAUCUGGGACGACCGAGGCAAGGUCAUCGGAAAGGCCGAGCUCUUGCCAGAAAACGAGCGCCAAGAGGAAGAGUCCGCUCCCUUCGAGGACUUCCCCGAUAGUGUUCUAGACAAGGACGGCAAUGUCAUCUUUGAGGGCAGGAUCGUCGGGAAGUUGAUCGAGGGCGACGCUAAGAAGCUGGAAGGCAAGAAGAUCGAUGCCGAUGGAGAUGUGCUCGACAAGAAUGGAAACACUCUUGGAAAGGCAGAGAGAUACCAGGAAGCGGACAUCGAGGAAGAAGCCCCGGAAGCGCCAGUUGAUCUCUCUCUCUUGGAAGGCAAGAAGGUCAACAAGGCUGGCUAUGUGGUCGACUACAACGGGAAGCUUUUCGGCAAGGUUGUCACGGGAGAGGUUGCCAAGCUGGUUGGCAAGAAGGUUGACAAGGAGGGAAAGAUCUGGAGCGAAUCGGGCAAGGUCAUUGGCACUGCAGAGCUCCUGUCAGUUGACGACAGAGACGAGUUGUCGUCAUCCCCAUUCGAAGACUUCCCUGAUGCUCUCGUUGAAAAGACAGGCAAUGUCGUUUAUGAAGGCGUUGUAGUCGGACGACUCAUCGAGGGUGACGCGAAGAAGUUGGCUGGAAAGAAGGUCGACGCUGAUGGUGAUGUGGUUGAUCGCAUCGGUAACGUCCUCGGAAAGGCUGAGCGAUGGACCGAGGAAGAAGUUCCGGAGCCGGAGCCCGAGAAAGUCGAUCUUUCUGCGCUGGCUGGGAUGAAAGUAAACAAGGCCGGCAAUCUCGUGGACUCUCACGGGACCAUCUACGGCCGAGUUGUUCCCGGCAGCGACAUCCAAAAGCUGAUCGGCAAAUCGAGCGACAAGAAUGGCCAGAUUUGGGACGCCAGUGGUAAUGUAGUCGGACAAGCAGAGCUUGUACCAGAGAGUGAGAGAGCUGGUCUGAAAGAGGGACCUUUCACUGGCUUCGAUUCGCCAACUAUCAACAAGGACGGAAAGGUUGCGGAUUCGAAGGGCGCCAUCAUCGGACGUCUCAUUGAGGGAGAUGUCAAGAAGCUUUACGGCAAGAAGGUUGAUGCUGACGGGGACGUCAUUGAUAGCAACGGCAACUCCAUCGGCAAGGCCGAGCGUUGGGAGGAGGAAGUGAAAGAGAAAGCCCACAGCCCCGUCGAAGGUCGCAAGGUCAACCGCGAAGGCAACGUUGUCGAUGAGAACGGGGAUCUCAUUGCCAAAUUGACGGACGGCGAGAUCACUAAGUGCGCUGGCAAGGAGAUUGACGCUGAUGGCGAUGUCUACAACUCCAAGAACCAAGUCAUCGGCCACGUUACCCUUCUCAGUGAAAUCCCAGCCGAGCCCGAGCCCGAGCCGGAGCCAGAGCCAGAGCCCGUUGUCGAAGAGCCCAAGGAGACGCAAGAGGAGAUCGAAGCUCGACAGAAGAAACAGAAGGAAGAGGAGCAGCUCGAGGCCGACCGGAAACUGGCUGGCCGGAUGUCGUUCACGGUACAGGAGACCAUCGACAAGCUGAACCCGCUCCUCAAGAACAUCAUGGACGAAAUCGAGUUCGUCGAGCGCCAAAAGGAGGAAGAGCGCGACGAGCAGAAGCUCGUCGACAAAGUCAAGCCCAUGAUCGAAGAGGGCGGCCGCGUCCUCACCGAGACCAACGGCGCGAUCCGCGGCAUGGAUCCCGAUGGGAGAAUCACCGCCAACGCCAAGCAGAAGGCAGCGACCCGAGAGGCCACGCCCGAAGAGCACCAUCUGGCUGAGGUGUUGAAAGAGUUGACCGGCAACGUGACCCAGACCAUCGAGAAGGCAAAGAAGAAGAUUGCCGGUAUGCCGCAUGCGAAGAAGGAGCUUAACCCUCUCUGGGGAUUGCUUGCGGAACCCUUGGGUCAGAUCCUCGCUGCUGUCGGUCUGCUGCUCAGUGGUGUCCUCGGCCUCGUUGGGAGGCUGCUGCAGGGACUGGGUCUUGGAGGCUUGCUGGAUAACCUGCUCGGCGGCUUGGGUAUCAAGGGGAUCCUGAAGGGCCUUGGCCUCGGGACACUGACUAGCGCUUUGACGGGGAGGAAGUGA